CAGAGACCUGAUAUCUUGUCUUUCUCACCCCAAAAACAGAGUCCUGCGAGCCUCUCAGAUUGUCUCAGUCCUCUCAGAGUUCGUUCCACAGAACUACAGGAACCCCCCACAAACCCAUACUCCUCGCAGAUGUACCACAGUAUCCGCAAAUUCCCUCCCAAAGAAGCGCUCAAACCCCCAAACAGGUCCCACACAACCCCCUCCAGGAAACCUCAUACACGUGGGAAGUGACCAGACUGCUGUUGUCAUGAAGACUACUGGGCGUUCUGGUUGUCCUGGUGACAAAACCCUCUUCUCCUGACCCACGUUCUAGAGGUUUCAGUCAAAGCCCUCCCUCAUCGGCUCUAAACCCCUCUUGGGUUUCCCUCUUACUACCCUAUCCCAGGUCAGACAGAAUCCUUUGCGACGAUCUGCAGAUGCCCAGGUCUCCCCAGAUAGAAGAGUUUCGAGCAAGACCUUUCAGUUCUCAGCAUCCGCAACUCGGCUUUUCCACAACUAAGAACGUUAGCUGCCUUGAACUAACACUUCCCCCCUCCGACCAACGGCCUGACCUAUCAACCUGACUUUUAGCAACCAAGCCAAAGCCCAGAGAUGGAAGCAGACGAGACCACAGAUGAGCAAGAUAUCACCACCACCAUAGAUGCAAAAGAGCACCCUUCAUCAAAAGAUCUCUCUGCUGAAGACUUGCAGGCACCCUCUACCUUUGACAGCCCCUUGGAAACUUCCAUCUCCCAGACCGCUUUAGAGCCCCUUGCUGCUGAGACCCCUUUAGAGUCCCAUACCUCUAAACCCUCUUUGGUGCCAUCCACUUCCCAGACCACUUUAUCACCCCAAGCCUCUGAAAGUGCUUUGAUGCCUUCCAUCCCCAUGACCUCUUUAGAAAAGUCCAUCUCUGACAUCCUUUUGGAAGGCCCUGUGGCUAAGACUGACAACUCUAAGAUCCCAGAGAAAAACAACCUUUAUCUGGCCUCAUCAGAAGCCAGUGCUUCUGAGUCUCCCUCUGAUGCUUUGAGGGAAGAUCUCCUCGCCAAGUCUUCUUCCCAGGAGGUUUUUUGGAUGAAGAAGGUUUCUCAGGCCCCUGAAUUUGAGCACCUUCCAAAGCACUCCUUUCCAGGCUCUUCAGCCCACAUAUAUAUAGACACAUCUGAAAAACAGAAGGAAAAGGCAGGAGAAGACGAGAACAUAUUGGAUACCAGUGACAUCAGUGCUCACAUAACCCGGCCUGGACACCCACCGAGCAAGAGAAGGGGGAAGAAAGGAAUUAUCCGUUACACAGACCACUCAGAGGUCCGUACUAAGCAGGCAGAUCUGGUGGAGAUGGCUAAAGCAAUGCACAGAGAACAGUUUGAUGCUCAGGUGAAUCAUCUUUUCCAGUGGGAGAAGGAUGCAGCCCUGAAUGCCAUCCAGACAGGUCUCUAUAUUGGCUGGCGCUGUCCACAUUACCUAUGGGACUGUUACCGAAUUGGGGAUGAGUCCAAGUGCUUUUGUGGACACUUGCUGAAACAACACCAGAUCAUCUCAGAUAUAUCUGUGCCCUGCGCUGUGAGCCAGUGCCGCUGCCUCAUAUUCUGCUUCAUUCCGUCACGCCCAGAGGAGGUGGGUGAGUUCUGGCUCAGGAGACGAGCCACCUUCAACCCCAUGGCCUGGAGGGCCCAAUGUCGUUGCAAACACAGCCACGAAGACCACGCGGCCAACGGAGCCCAUCCCUGCAGGCAUCACGGCUGUUUCUGCAACUAUUUUGAAUCUAAUUUCCUCUGCGCGGCCUGUGAUCGGAGGUGGGAGGAACAUGAGACUUUCUUUGAGAAGGAGGAGACCGGACGACGACGAAAAGGAAGGAGGCCUCAUGGAAGAAAUACUGUCGACAACUAGCACAGGCCUUUCUGAGCCCAGCCACAGCAGCAAUAAAAUGAAAGUCACUAGACUCUGACCUGGCUCUGAAUGUAGCAGGAAAAGCCACAACCCACUGUAAAAUGUUAGUCAGCACUUACUGGGGGCAAGAGACAGCACCAGCAGGCAGAACAAAUGCUGGACCCAUUGUCUGCAUCCCACCCACAUUUAAACUGCUGGCUCUGACAUGAGAAACAUAAUGGCUUCAAGAAAGUCAAGGAGGGAAGAACUUGCAAGGAUAGAGUGAGAAGUAAUCUUUGGUAUAGCUGGGGCUUCUCUAAGAUCAAAAUUGAAAAGUGCCCAUUGGAUUCUGCAAUUAGAAAUUCUUUGGAGACCUCAGAGAUACAGUUUCACACUAGUACAGUGGAGGCAAAAGCCAAACAGGAGUGAGUCUGGAGUCUCCUCAAGAAGCUUGAGUAAGGGGCUGGGGACUUAGCUCGGGGCUCAAGUGCUUGCCUGGUAAACACAAGGUGUGAGUUUGAUCCCCAGUACCAAAAACAAGCUCAAAGCUUAGGUAUAUCACUGGGCGUGGUGGAAGCACUCAGGGAGGAUUGCUGGGAGUUUAAGGCCAGCCUAGGCUACACAGUGAGUCCAGGCCAGCCUGAACUGCAUACCAAGACCUUGUCUAAAAAAAAAAAGCUUAGGCAAAAUGUGCAGGAGAAAAGUCACAAAAUAUCUAAAACGAGUGAUUUGUGGAAUUAAAGAAGCUUUUU